AUGAGCGAACAAGGAAUGAGGUGCGGGCUCUCCGCUGAGAACCACUUUGGGCCUGGAGUGCUUCCCUGCCGUCGAGAUUUCGACUUUACCUUGCUCUUUGAGCAGACGAUUCUUGGCUUGGUCCCAGAUCUUCUCUUUUUGGUGCUAUGUGCUUUCCGGUGGCAGCAGAUUUAUGGUAGAGCCACGAAAGUGCGUCAGAGCUUUCUCGGGGUCUGGAAGACGGCACUUAUUGCUCUCUUGUUGGCGGUGAAGGUUGCCAAUCUCGUUUUGUGGUCUCUACCACGAGCCCCAAGAACGAAUGUCUCGAUUCCCUCAGCAGCAGUAUCCCUAACAAGCACUCUGGCAUUGCUGAUAUUGUCGCAUUACGAACAUACUCGUUCAUUGAGACCUUCAACUUUGAUUUGUCUCUACCUGAUCGCGACGACCCUGUUCAACAUUGUUCAAGUUCGCACUUUGUGGCUGAUCCGUCCUCUGGACUUCCGUCUUGCCGUAACGGCUAGCCUCGCACUUGGGAUCAGGACACUGCUUUUGAUAUCAGAAGCACGCGGCAAGAAAAGCUCCUUCAGGUCAAAAGAUGAUCACUUCUCGCCAGAAAUAGGGACUGGGAUAUUCGGUCGCAGUGUCUAUUGGUGGCUGAAUCAGUUGUUUUUGAGUGGGAAACAACAAAAGCGACACGUUCUCCUUCGCAGAGUUGUCGGCGAGUUGAAAUGGACCCUAGCCGCAGCAGCAGCUCCUCGAAUCUGUCUCAUUGGGUUCAAAUUUGCGCAACCAUUUCUGAUAAAUGUCCUGAUCAAGUAUGUGUCUGAUCAUGGCCGUGAUGAGCCCUCGGGCGCACGAUAUGGCUUUGGCGGUGCCACGGUUCUCAUCUACGUGGGAUUGGCGGUUAGUAAUGGUCUCUACAAACGUCAAACCAUUCGCAUGAUCACAAUGAUUCGGGCUCGAUUGGUGGGAAUGAUUUACGCGCAGACUCUUCACCAGGCGUCGGACCCUGUCGAGACGACGUCGGUCACUUUGAUGAGUACCGAUGUGGACCGUAUCACCACCGGGAUGUUAAAUAUACACGAACUUUGGGCAUCCGCAGCGGAGAUUAUUAUUGCCCUGUCGCUUCUGAGUACAACUAUAGGGUACCCUUCGGUGGCAGCUCUGGUGUUUGCUUCGUUAAGCGUCCUACAAAGCGCUUAUAUAGCGCCUCAAAUGCGCCUCCGCCAACGAGCGUGGGUACGCGCCGUCCAGGAAAGAAUCAGCUUCACCUCAGCAAUACUCAAGGGCAUGCGCCAAGUGAAAAUGUUCGGCAUCGAGCCAACCGUGGAAUCGAAGAUAAACCGCCUUCGUGAGGCCGAGUUAGAAUCGUCGAAACCAUAUUGGUCGCUCAUUGUAUGGGUAAAUGUGUUGGGUGCAGUGUCAACCGCCCUCGCCCCAGCUGCCACCAUUGCGGUGUAUGCCGGAACGCAGCUGAACUUGAAAUUGGAGACUCCCAAGACUGACCUGGUCUUCACGUCAUUGUCGCUGAUUUCCCUUUUGACGAAUCCAGUGGUGCUUAUAUCGGUCUCUUCGACUAGGUUUACCUCUGCCAUUGGUUGUUUCGAUCGCAUCCAGGACUUUCUUUCAACAGAGGGCAAAUCCCAUCAUACGGAUCAGUCAAUGAUGAUGGGGUCAUCCGGAAUUGAGAUGAGUUUGAUGGCGAACAGUCAGGAGCUUGUUAGCAUGGAGGGUGCCUCCUUCAGAUUACCCACCGGUUCCUCCAACGUCCUUGAAGCCGUAAACCUGAAGAUUCGGCCUAGUUCGCUUUCGGUUGUGACCGGUCCUCUCGGCUGCGGCAAAUCCUCCCUACUAAAGGCUAUAUUGGGCGAGUUGAAUACAACCCAGGGAAGAAUAUCAAUUGCUCCUGUUCGAAUGGCAUACUGUCAGCAGGAUCCGUGGAUCUUUAACGGUACGCUGCAAACAAACAUCAUCGGGGAGUCACCCAUGGAUGAGAAGUGGUUGAAGGAGGUGGUACACGCAUGUAACCUGGAGGUCGACGUUGCACGCCUCCCCAGCGGGCUUGACACGGUCGUAGGAAGUUCAGGGUCACAGCUCAGUGGAGGACAGAAGCAGCGAGUGGCGCUGGCGAGAGCGCUCUAUGCGAAGCCCGACCUACUUCUUCUAGAUGAUGUUCUUAGUGCGCUAGAUGCAGUGACAUGCAAGCGUGUCUGCCAACGAGUCUUCGGUCCCUCUGGGCUUGUCAGAAAGCUUGGGCUAGCGACAGUCCUUGCGACUACUGCUGUGGACUGUUUUAAGGAAGCGGACAAUGUGAUCGUUCUUUCCAGCGAUGGUCGCAUAGCAGAUCAAGAGUCACUGGAAGAACUAUUGGGGAGGAAUCAAUAUAUUCAGGAACUGUUCUGUCGGACGCACUCCAAAGAAGACAAAGAAGAUGAAGAUACAGAGACUUCAUUCAAUGAAACGCAAACAGGACCAGACAAUGGACCAAGGGCUACCCAAGGAACAACACCAACCCGAACCCGCGGCACUGGAGACCUUUCACUCUACGCGUACUACAUCAAGUCCUUCGGAUGGUGGGCAUUCGCCUUCACGUUGACUUUUGCCACACUAUAUGUGCAGCGAUUCACCGCGCUUACCUUUGACACAGAGCUCAUGCUCACAUGGUGGGCUGAAUCAAACCCUCGGAACAACUACGCUUAUCUUGGUUCUUACAUCGCCGUUUCUACCGUCGCGAUCGCUGCCAUGGUUUCCAUUCCUCAACACCCACUCGUCAUCACCGGCUCUGUUCGCGAGAGCCUAUCCCUCGGUGCCACAGCAGCCAUCAACGACUCAGCAAUGAUAUCUGGCCCCUCGAGCGUGCAUCUCUGGCCCCAGAUUCUUGAGCAAGGGGGUCUAGAUGCCGAUGUCCAGUUCAUCCACAUGUCCAACGGGCAACAGCAGCUUUUGGGCAUUGCGCGUGCUCUGCUUCUCCCGGGGAGACUGGUCAUUUUAGAUGAGCCGACGAGUGGAUUUGAUGAGCAGACUGAGAAGCUCGUUCAGGGUAUUCUGAGAGAGGGGUUUAAGGACCGAACGGUGAUUUGUGUUGCGCAUCGGAUUGGUACUCUGAUGGACUCGGACGUUAUUAUCGUGAUGAGUGAGGGGAGUAUAUUCGAGAUGGGGACACCGGAGGAGUUGUUAGGGCGAAAGGGGGCGUUUUGGGAGUUGUAUCACUCGAGGGCGUAG